AUGCAUGGAUUGCUGCUGUUCCGGCGAUCUUCCGGCCAGAGCAUGAGAUAGAUCGAUCGAUCGAGAGUACUACCGGCCGGCCAGAGCAUCUGCUACUGUUCCGGCGAUCUUCCAUCAGCGGAUCAGCGGAGGUAUGUAAUUUACAUACCCGGCAACCUGUAAUCUACAGUUAUUUGGAAGCCCAGGAUAUAUAUAUAUAUGGAUUUGUUUUUUAGGAAAAAAAAAUUCUCAUGCAUUUUAGAUAAAUACAAAAUACACACAUUCUAGACUACGUACGCACGUAGAUUAUUUUCACUUUGCUCGUAAAUCAAUAAACAACUUUCCCAUACCAUGAGAAUGAAGGCAGGCCCAGCCCAGCCCAGCCCAGUCCAGUCCAGUCCAACCCAAACCUCAACCGACACUCCCCGUGGGGGGCGGUGCCGUCGCCGGCGACUCGCCAAUUUUGAUUUGAAGAAAAGAAACCACCAGCCACCACGCCCGCGGCCGUCAGCCGGAGGUGAAGGUGAGGCAACCAAUACCCGGAUGGAUUCCUCUAUUAGCUACGUACUAGUCUGAUUCCCCCACCGUCACUCCUCGGGCCGCCCCCAGUAUUUUUCGAUUCCAUUACCUGAGGAAUAAUCUCAUUAGUUAAUUAUUUGGGUUUGAACCAGAUACGCAUGCAAUGCAUGCAGGCAGGGUGUUCUGUUUCAUCAUUCUUUUUUUUUCUUCUCAUCUCCGGCACGGGGACGGGGAUCAGAUUCACGCCACUUUAUUAUUUAUUACUAUGCUCACCACUUCUCAGCACGCAAUUCAUUACAAAAGGGUCCCCUGCCAAGAUCCAACACUCAUGAAUUGCAACAAUACGGAUCGGAGACAGCGAGCAGAUCUCGCGGACUUGCAAUUCCUGUUUUAUCUUCUUGCCGCAGCCCCUGCUGAGCUGUGAGCUGUAUGCAUGGCAUGGCCACCCCUGUGGCGCCUCUUCUCCAUGAUGAGCCUCAAGCUGCUGGUAUCUUACUCCCAGGGACAACCCAGCAUUCAGAUCAAACAAACUCUGACUCUAGAGUUGGAGAGCUUAUACUGCCUAAUGGGGAUACUUAUCGUGGCGCGUUAUCGGGCAACACGCCACAUGGCCCAGGUUGUUAUAUCUGGUCCGAUGGUUGUGUUUAUGAGGGUGAUUGGAGGAGAGGCCUCAGGCAUGGCCGAGGCAAGACGCUGUGGCCAACAGGGGCCACCUACACAGGUGACUACUCCGGUGGCUACAUUUAUGGUCAGGGAACGUAUACCGCCGGGCUUAACAGUUACAGGGGAGGCUGGAAGCUGAAUCUUAAGCAUGGCCACCUUGGCCUACAGACAUAUCCCAACGGAGACACUUUUCAAGGUUCUUGGGUGCAUGGGCAAAUGCAGGGGCAUGGCACCUAUACCUGGGCAAAUGGGAACACUUAUGUUGGCGCCAUGAAAGAUGGGGUCAUGUCAGGCAAAGGAAUUCUCACAUGGAACAAUGGAGAUUCAUUUGAAGGGAACUGGUUAGAUGGUGCCAUGCAUGGCUAUGGAAUCUACACAUGGAAGGACUCUGGCUACUAUGUAGGAACCUGGACAAGGGGGGUCAAGGACGGAAAAGGCACGUUCUAUCCAAAAUGCCGUGGGAUUCCGGUUACCGACAUCGACGAUUUAAGAAACAGAGGUGUACUGCCUGGUGCUGAAAGCCAGACUCAUGGUUCCCGUAUCCUUCACUCUGCCUCAUCGGACAUGGCAGACAUGGUGGCUAGCAGAAAUCAGGACUCUGUAGGUAUUUCAUCUGUUAGAAGCUUGAAUUUUGAGAAAACUCGCUCCACUAAUGUGCUACUGGAAAGAAGGUGGAGCCUUGGAGUGGCUAUUGAAAAAUUCCUCGGUCGCGAAACCAAUGAAAGUUCUGCAAUUGAAAGAUGUGAAAACAAGGCUGAUUCCAACCUUCCUAUACUGGAACGGGAAUAUAUGCAAGGUGUUCUCAUCAGCGAGGUCGUGGUGGAUGCAAGCUUCUCGAAUCCAUUAAAAAGGGUAUCACGCCGCCAGAAGAAAAUAGUGAAGGACAUAAAGAAACCUGGGCAGACAAUAAUUAAAGGACAUAGGAGUUAUGAUCUGAUGCUCAGUCUGCAGCUUGGAAUCAGGUAUACAGUUGGAAAGAUUACACCUAUUCAGAGACGUGAAGUGCGAGCUUCUGAUUAUGGUUCCAGAGCAAGUUUCUGGAUGAACUUCCCCAAAAAUGGUUCACGACUUACUCCUUCACAUCAUGCUGAUAAUUUUAAAUGGAAAGACUACUGCCCAAUGGUGUUCAGAAAUUUGAGGGAGAUGUUCAAGAUUGAUGCAGCGGAUUAUAUGGUUUCCAUUUGUGGAAGUGACGCACUUAGGGAGCUAUCUUCUCCUGGAAAGAGUGGAAGUGUCUUCUUUCUAUCUCAGGAUGAUCGAUUUAUGAUCAAGACUCUACGGAAGUCUGAAGUGCAGGUUCUUCUACGAAUGCUUCCAGAGUAUUAUCACCAUGUCCGUACCUAUGAGAACACACUCAUAACUAAGUUUUUUGGCCUCCACAGGGUUAAACCGUCCAGCAGUCAAAAGUUCCGGUUUGUAGUGAUGGGAAACAUGUUUUGCACUGAACUUAGAAUUCACCGGAGGUUUGACUUGAAAGGUUCAUCCUUAGGCCGCUCAACAGACAAAGUAAAAAUCGACGAGAACACAACACUGAAAGACUUGGAUCUAAACUAUUCAUUUUAUCUCGAGCCUUCUUGGCGGCAGACUUUGCUUGCGCAAAUUGAGACCGAUAGCAAAUUUCUAAAGCAGCACGCAAUAAUGGAUUAUAGUUUGCUUCUUGGCGUUCAUUUCCGGGCUCCUCAAAGCCUACGGACACAGGCAUCCUUUCAUCAAGCAAUCCUACCAGAUAGGCUGGCUGUUCUUUCAGAAGAAGGUGCUCUGGAGGAGGAUGUUUUGAACAGUCCUGAAGGACUGGUUUUGGUUCAGCGAGCUAGUGAUCAAAAUGAUGUUGUCAUUGGUUCCCAUAUAAGGGGGGCCCGUCUUCGAUCAUCAAGUGCAAGUUUUGAGGAAGUAGAUCUCUUGCUUCCAGGCACCGCAAGGCUCCAGAUCCAACUUGGGGUUAACAUGCCGGCCAGGGCAAAACAGACGGUUGAGGAUGAUGACAGUGAAGAUAAUGGUCAGGUGUAUGAUGUGGUGCUGUACCUGGGAAUAAUUGAUAUCUUGCAGGAGUACAGCAUAAGGAAGAAGAUUGAGCAUGCUUACAAGUGCAUCCAAUAUAACUCAUUGUCAAUAUCUGUCGUGGAACCCAGUCUCUACUCGGAGCGCUUCCUGAAAUUCAUUCAAACUAUCUUUCCUGAAAAUUCAUAAAAUAAAAUCCAGUAAUUCUUCACCUACAGGAGCAAAGUGAAAGAAACAUUGUUCAGUGUGCAUUGUGGCCCUUUGCAAGUAUGCUUUUGCUACGUCCUUGAUUGAUUCUCUUUCUUUACACAUGUUGAUCAUGGUAAGGAUUUCCGGAUUACGUAUCCCAGUGGUGCUAUCCACUAGUAGUGGAUAACUGUACCUUGCCCUAUUAAUCUGAGUUGAUGACGAUUCUACCGUCUACUUCAAAUUCACACUGUCUAAACAAUGUUUUGCACAUUCACUUAUUCAUACCAGUAAAUUCAGCCUUA